GCCACUCCUCAAUUCUCAAUAUCUUCCUUUGAAGUCAGUUAUGUAACCGCUUAGACUUCCCGCCUCUCUCUCUCUGAAACCACAAAGAAUUAAACCUUAACUACUCAUGAACCACCUUGCAAUAAUCAAACCCUUGCAUCAAUCUCUCUGCAAAUAUAUUCACCUAUGUACCCUUGUCAUGACGAACCUUUCCAACAUUUUUAAACUCUCUCUCUCAAAAUUGAAUGGCCAUCUCUCGAACGUUGCAGGCUACAAGGGGAGAGAAAGUGUCCUAUCAACGCUCCCCCCAUUUAAUACCAUCAACCAUUUCCCACCACCCUCACAAUCAUUGUUUCUCUUUCUCUGAAAAAACCAGAAGCGCCCGAUUUAGAGAGAGAAGAGGAGGUAGAGAGCGAAAGGGGAAUUUCCUCUUUUUGGGGUUUUUAAGGGACAUGGGGUGCUCUGGUUUUAAUGGGUUUUUGGUGGUUUUGAUGUUGGUUCUCGGGGUUUGCAGAGGAUCAUCAAGCAAUGCGUAUAUUUCUUGGGAUGAUUUGAGUUUGGGGGGUGGUUCUGAUGAAUUGGAGGUGGGGAAGAGAGAGAAAGGGCGAGAGAGAGUGAUUGUAGUGGCUCAAGAUGGGAGUGGGGAUUCGAGAACGGUUCAGGGUGCGAUUGACUUGGUUCCUCGUGGAAAUUAUCAGAGAGUGAAAAUUUUCAUCAAGCAAGGAUUUUACAGAGAGAAGGUGCUUGUCCCAUAUUAUAAGCCAUGCAUCUCAUUAAUUGGGGAAAAGAGGUCUCGAACAAUGAUUUCAUGGCAUUCCAGAGCCUCCGAUCCAGGACCCAAUGGCCACAUGCUUGGGACCUUUAAUUCAGCUUCUGUUGCCAUAGAAUCUGACUAUUUUUGUGCAUCAUGGAUCACUUUUGAGAAUACAGCUCCAAGCCCACCUCCUGGUGCAGUAGGAAUGCAAGCAGUCGCACUGAGAGUUUCAGGAGACAAAGCUGUGUUUGCAAACUGUAGAGUUUUGGGGUCACAGGAUACUCUAUUUGAUGAGAAUGGGAGGCAUUUUUUCUACCGAAGCUACAUUCAAGGUUCCAUUGAUUUCAUUUUUGGCAGUGGAAGGUCCUUGUAUCAGGGAUGCACUCUUCGAUCGACUGCUACGAGUUAUGGGGCCAUCGCGGCUUCACAGAGGAAUUCAGCGACUGAGAAUUCGGGUUUCGCUUUCCUGAAUUGCAGAUUGAAUGGAACAGGGUCUUUAUACUUGGGGAGAGCAUGGGGAAGAUAUGCAAGAGUGGUUUAUGCAUUUUGUAACUUGGAUGAUAUCAUAAUCCCCGAAGGAUGGUAUGACUGGGGUGACCCAUCAAGGAGGGGGACAGUGGUUUUUGGUGAGUACAAAUGCAAAGGAAGGGGAGCAAAUAUGAAGAGGAGGGUGGCAUGGGCCAAGUCUCUGACCUAUGAUGAAGCAAAACCCUUUCUUGGAAGGAAUUACAUUGAUGGAAAUCAAUGGCUCGUGCUCUGAUUUUUUUUUUUUUCUCUUUUUCAAAUAGCCAAAAAAAAGAAAAAAGAAAAUAG